CCUAUCGAUUUCAAUUUAAUUGAUACUAAGUACCCUUAACUAAAAUAUUUAUUGAAAAUUAUAAUAAUAUUAAUAUAAUAUUUCUUCCGUUACAGAGGUUUAGAAUUCAAACCUCGAUAUUAACGAGGCGUUAUUAUGCACAAAUCCCAAGUUAUAGUAGUGACAAAAGUCAUACGUUACACAUGAGAAAAAAAAAUAGAAAAAGAAAAAGAAAAAGAGAGAUUACACGUGUUAAUGAUUUUGCUUAAACAAGACAAAUGCAGUUAUAUAUCAAUAAUGAGGCAUUUUCAUUAGUCUUAAAUUGUUCUUAGUAUAAGACGAUUCCAUUAAGACUAAAAAUUUUCAAGAAUCAGAAAACUGAAAAAUCUCUUCAAUGGCGUCGAGGAGACGUGAUUUUUUUAUGAUUGAUGAAGUUGGUGCCAAGAAAAAAGCGAAGGUUGAUGAAGCUGAAGAAGAAGAUACAUCACAGCUUCCAGUAGUUCCAUGGAGGGUACUUCUUAACGCUGCCGAUUGUGAUUUAGAUUUCAAUGUUGAAGGAAAUGGACUACUAGGUUCAGGGCUUUAUGAACAUGGAUUUUCGUAUUGUUGGUCAGGUGCUCGAGCCAAUAUGGGAAUCACUGGAGGAAAGUACUGCUUUGGUUGCAAAAUUGUUGCAGAGCAGCCCGUAAAGAUGGACGAUACACCACUAGACCAACAACAGAUCUGUCGUGUUGGCAUCUCAAGGGGAGAUGAUGCAGUAGGAAACCUUGGGGAAACCCUGCACAGUUUUGGGUUUGGGGGUACUGGAAAAUUUUCUAGUCAAGGAAGAAUUUCUAAUUAUGGCGAAAGAUUUGGGGUUGGUGACACAAUAAUUUGUUGUGUUGACCUUGAGUCUAGCCCUAUGGCUUCCAUAGGUUUCUCUAAAAAUGGAAAGUGGCUGGGAACAUCAAAGCAAUUUAAUGCAGGACCAGGUCCAACUGGUCUUGAAGUGGUGGAUUGUCCAAUGAAAAAUCUAUAUUGGCAUUCAGCUCUUUUCCCUCAUGUGUUGCUUAAAAAUGUAGUUGUGAACAUGCAGUUUAGCAUAAAUGACGGACUAGCUCCUGUAGAAGGAUAUAAACCGUGGUCUUGUGCCAUGGAAGAUGGGAAAGCCAUUCCAGGCCCUAGUUUUGCGAAUCUGUGCGAUUGUGAAGCUAUGAUGAUGGUAGGACUACCUGCUUCCGGUAAGAGUACCUGGGCUGAGAAAUGGAUUAAGGAACAUCCAGAAAAGCGAUAUGUUCUGCUUGGAACUAAUUUAGCUUUGGAUCUAAUGAAGGUUCCCGGUUUUCUGCGCAAACAAAACUAUUUUGGAAGAUUUGAACAUUUAAUGGACCGUGCUACUGGUAUAUUCAACACUCUUUUGUCUAGGGCUUCCAAGAUUCCUCGUAAUUUCAUAAUUGAUCAGACAAAUGUCCACAAAAAUGCCCGGAAGCGCAAAUUGAAGCCCUUUGCAAACUAUAAGAAGAUAGCUGUUGUGAUUGUUCCAACACCUGACGAGCUCAAGUUCCGUGGUGAAAAGCUGUUCAAAGAAAUGGGGAAAAAAGUUUCUGCUGAAGCAGUAAAUCAGAUGUUAGUGAAUUUUGUUUUACCUAUGAGCAAAGACAUGCAUCAAGCAGAUGAGUACUUUGAUGAGGUACGAUUUGAAGAACUUGGCAGGGCGGAGGCUCAGAGAUGCUUGGAUGAGAUGAAAGCAAACUUGAAUUCAGAAAAGGAAGUUACCCCUUAUUCUCGUGAAAGUUCAAUGCAGUCACAUAAUAGCCUGUCGAUGCAGUACCCUUUGGAAUACCAGCAGUCGUACGGUGGUUCAUCAUCACAGAGUCUCAGAAAUGUACCAGGUGGACGUCUAAAUAGUUCGUAUGCUCAGCCUCAACUUCAAGCACCUCAUGAAUCCUUCUACGCGAUCCCUUCCAGUUACAACCCCAUAGGUGAUUUCGGUCACCAUGGAAGUCGCAGUGCUUACGGUGAUUCAAGGGGCAAUGACAUGGAAGCCAGAUCAGCUAUCCAUGGAGAGAUCUAUGAGCCUCAUGUGGGUUCUGGAGCUCAGAAUGCAGCUGAGUUACACCAGAGCAUCAUGAAUGAUCCCAACCUGAGGAACGUGUCUGGUGGUUCUGGAGCUCAGAAUGCAGCUGAGUUGCACCAGAGCAGCAUGAAUGAUCCCAACCUGAGGAUGUCUGGUGGUUUCGGAGCUUGGAAUGCAGCUGAGUUACACCAGAGCAGCAUGAAUGAUCCCAACCUGAGGAGGUCUGGUGGUUUCGGAGCUCAGAAUGCAGCUGAGUUACACCAGAGCAGCAUGAAUGAUCCCAACCUGAGGGAGAUGUUUGGUGGUUCUGGAGCUCAGAAUGCAGCUGAGUUACACCAGAGCAGCAUGAAUGAUCCCAACCUGAGGAUGUCUGGUGGUUUCGGAGCUUGGAAUGCAGCUGAAUUACACCAGAGCAGCAUGAAUGAUCCCAACCUGAGCAUGUCUGGUGGUUUCGGAGCUUGGAAUGCAGCUGAGUUACUCCAGAGCAGCAUGAAUGAUCCCAACCUGAGCAUGUCUGGUGGUUUUGGAGCUCAAAGUGCAGCUGAGUUACAUCAUAGCAGCAUGAAUGAUACCAACCUGAGCAUGUCUGGUGGUUUCGGAGCUUGGAAUGCAGCUGAGUUACACCAGAGCAGCAUGAAUGAUCCCAACCUGAGCAUGUCAGGUGGUUUCGGAGCUUGGAAUGCAGCUGAGUUACACCAGAGCAGCACGAAUGAUCCCAACCUGAGUAUGUCUGGUGGUUUCGGAGCUCAGAAUGCAGCUGAGUUACACCAGAGCAGCAUGAAUGAUCCCAACCUGAGGGAGCUGUUUGGUGGUUCUGGAGCUCAGAAUGCAGCUGAGUUACACCAGAGCAGCAUGAAUGAUCCCUACCUGAGGAUGUCCGGUGGUUCUGGAUAUCUACCACCUGAUUCAAGAGGAUCGUUUGAAUCGGGGAUGGCUACACCAUAUGGCUUUCGUUCUGUCUUUCCAGCAGGCUUUUCUCAAGAGGUUCCAGCUCCGAGGCCACAACAUGAAAAUUAUCCCUCUGGAGCACAACAUCCUGGGGUAUCCGCUCCACAAGGGGUUCCAGCUCCGUGGCCACCACAUGAAAAUUAUCCCUCUGGAGCACAGCAUCCUGGGGUAUAUGCUCCACCUGGUCCCAGAUUCUACUGAUUGCGGAAACUGCAUGGAAUUCAGAAACACUGAAUAUGAUUGCUUGUUUUUAAUUUACUAAAGAACCAAUUGGUGUUAGCAUAUAGAGAGGUUAGUUUGGAUUUCAUAACUGGAUCAUAUAGUUUGUGUAUGAUAUGGAGGUUAACUUUAGGAAAUUUGGAGUUCUAUUGAGAAAAUGUAGAUUAUUACCAUCUCAA